AAAAUCAGGCUCGUAUGAAAAUCGGACUCUUUUUCCCUUUUAUUGGUUAAACCUGUUGGGUCAGAAUGUUUCGUUUGUGUAAUAUGCUAAUUAGGUUAACUUGUUGUGUAUCUGUAUUCUUCGUCAAGAGAGGGCGCUAUUGCACACCACCCUAAAACAAGUCAGUUGGGUUAAAACGUUUAGAUAACGUCAAACUUUUCAUGUCAACGUCACUUUUCGUCACGCAAUUUGUUGUUUUGGACAGCCCAAAGUCGUAAGUUUAAUAAUUUCUAAAUCCUUUUAUAUGAUUGUAAGACAUAUAUAGAACAUGGCCAUCUAGAUAUUUGUGGGAUAAAAGUAAUAUUUCUGGGUUAAUUUAUUGGGGAAACUUUGUGUAAAAGUGUCAUGUAAAAAUGUGUGCAUAUAGACUUUAAUAUACAACAUUACAUGGGAUUCGCACAUGUCUACAGCUAAUUUACCACUAACUGGACAUUUGUAAUAUUGUUUUUGUGUAUCAAUCCUGAUUUGUAUUUGUUAUUCUUUGUUUUGUUUAUGUAGAUUAAACCGUGUUACGUGUUACGUGCUUCAUGCUUCAUGUUUCGUGUCUACGUGAUUAAAGAUGCGAGUAUACUGUUGCUGAUACAUGAUUGUGUACUAGUCAUUCGUCAUUAAGUCAAGUUCACUGGAACUUUUAAGUGCCAUCCUUUACAUGAGUUUAAUGACUGGGCUUUAUAAGAUUUGGACAUUGUCAUGAGUACUACUGAGACAGGAACGUCACGUCACGGUGAAAGCCGUUCAGCAUCGGAGCAUGGGGCCACAUCAGACACCGGUGGACAUGAUGACCUCAUUCGUCCACAAGAUUCUGUGAGUCAAUGCAGGUCAAAGGUCAGCAGGACAUCAACAUCAGUGACCGGUGCCAGAGUGAAAGCAGCUGCCAGAAAGGUUGCUUUAGAAGCAGAAGCGGCCAUGUUGCAUCAGCUGCAAGCCCUUGAAGACGAAGAGUUAAAGCUUCAUCAAAGAAAGAGACACUUGGCCCUGCAAACAAAGUUGGCUAUGGCAGAAGCGGAGGAGGCUGUGUAUGCACUUAACGACAGCAAUGAACAUUGCGAUACCUUCUCAGUACACGCAUCAAACAACAGUGAAGUGCAGAUUGCGACACCCCCACAGAGUACACCUGAAGUAGUGGAUACAUCUCCAGCAUGUCAAACCACGAAGUUGGAGUUCGACGGAAUGAAGGAACCAGAUACGAAGCCAGAGGCUGAGACGACAGUGGAUCCAAACAAGACAUCAGAACCGGACAAGACAGUGGAUCCAGUCAAGACAGCAGAACCUGACAGCGCGCACAAGAACAGUGAAACAACGGUUCUUGAGCUGGUGCAGCAGGGUCAAAAGCAGCAACAACGGCUGCUUGAGGUGAUACAGCUGCCGAAAGCAGAACUUUUGACAUACGAUGGAGAUCCCUUGCAGUAUUGGGCAUUCAUAAGAUCCUUUGAGAACAGUGUGGACAACUCCAAUUUGGAGGACAGUGCUAAGUUGAUUCGGUUGUUACAGUACUGUACUGGUAAGGCAAAGAAAGUGAUACAGUGUUGUUCUGUGAUGCAGCCACUUGAAGGGUAUAAGAGGGCUAAGGCCUUGCUUAAGGAAAGGUUUGGUAACAAUUACACGAUUGCUGAAGCUUGGGUGAACAAGCUAACUGAGGGUAGUAGUAUUAGCCCACAUGACAAGAAAGCACUAAGAGAGUAUGCAGAUGAUCUGAAAACCUGUAGGGAGACCCUUAAUGCCAUGGGUUACAUUCAGGAAGUAAAUACUCAGACAGUGUUGGUUACUUUGAUUGAGAAACUGCCAAGUUACCUCCGUAACCGAUGGAUCAAGCAGGUUAGGGUAAUUAGAAUAGAAUUUGUAGAAGACGCAGCUGAAGAAGCUAACGAUCCUGUAUAUGGUGCAUUGAGUAAGCCAAAGGACAGAUAUGUUGUAACAAACAAGAAUGUUCCGAAGUCCUCUGUAAGUCGUUAUAGCAAAGGUAGUUACACCAUGAUGACAAAUGCCAAACCUGGUAACAUGACAUGUGUAUUGUGUAACGGUAGUCACACCUUGUUUGGGUGUACAGAGUUUAAGAGUAAGAAACCAGAAGACAGAUUUGAAUUUGCUAGGGCAACAAAACUGUGCUAUAACUGUUUGAGACCUGGGCAUAUGUCAAAUUCAUGUACCUUAAACCGAGUUUGCUCUGUUGCAGGGUGUGGAAAAAAGCAUACUAAAUUCUUGCACCGGAUUAAAACCAUCCCCGUAGGUCAGUUUACCCCAAGAACUGAGGUCACGACGGCACCAGCAGAACCAGCGGCAUCAGUGCAAAGUGGUUUCACCGACACAGAGGUUGACACGAGCUGUAAUGUCACAGGGGUCGGCGUGAUGGGAGUUGCGUUGCCCAUUGUUCCAGUCAAGGUCAAGGCCAAGGGUAGUGGUGUUUGCAUCGACACAUAUGCGCUCUUGGACAGUGGGUCCACGAGCACCUUCUGCACAGAAGAGUUGGCGAAGCGACUGAAACUCUGCGGUCAACAGCAGCAAUUGUCUCUCACAACGUUGGCAGGGGCAAACGUGCAAACAGCGACAACUGUCAUCAGUUUGACAGUUAGCGGUAUCGACUGCAAACAACCAGUUGAACUUCCGUUGGUGUAUACAAGACGUGAGCUCCCUAUCCAUGAUGCCAACCUGGCCAAGCAAGAGGACAUUGAAAAAUGGCCUCACUUGCAAGGUCUCAAGCUGCCACAGGUUGACAAAGGUCGAGUACAGCUUUUGAUUGGGCAAGAUGUUCCAGAAGCACUGAUGCCAUUAGAAGUCAAGAAGGGUGAGAGGAAUGCCCCAUAUGCGACAAGAACAGAGCUCGGAUGGUCGCUGAAUGGACCACUGGGAAUGGCGAACAAGCACACAGCCACAUCCAACUUCAUUGCCGCCGACGACAGUUUAGAGAGACAACUUAAGAUGUUCUGGAAGUUGGACACGACUGAUUCCAUUCAUGAUGACACCAAGGGGAUGUCGGUGAAGGACAAGCAGGCUAUUGCGAUAUGGGAAGAAAGUGUUCGUCUCACAGAUGGGCACUACGAGUUGGCUAUCCCAUUUAAGAAUUAUCCUCCGCACUUGGUUGAUAAUCGCACUGUUGCGGAACGACGUCUUUUUUCGUUGGGCAAGCGGCUACAGAGAGACACACUACUGCACGCUAAGUACACUGAAGGCAUGCAGGAUCUCAUCAACAACGGUUAUGGAGAAAGUGUUCCAGAAGAGGAAGUUCAUCCCUCAAACAGCACCGUGUGGUAUCUCCCACAUCACCUGGUGUACCAUCCGAAGAAGCCUGACAAGGUUUGCAUAGUAUUCGACUGUGCGUCUAAGCAUGUUGGAACAUCACUCAACGACGAGGUGCUAAGUGGACCAGAUUUGACCAACAAGCUGUUGGGGGUACUCUUGAGGUUUCGGCAAGAGACAGUGGCACUUAUGGCUGAUGUCCAAGCCAUGUUCCAUCAGGUCAAAGUCACUCAUGAAGAGCGAGAUGUCUUGAGAUAUCUGUGGUGGUCUGAUGGUGACAGCUCUCGACAGCCGAGUGUGUAUAGGAUGACUGUACACCCCUUCGGUGGUACAUGGAGUCCAAGCUGUUGCACCUUCGCUCUGCAACGUACCGCUGAAGAUAAUCGAGCAGACUUCCAACCUGACACAGUUGACACAGUCAUGCGUAAUUUUUAUGUAGAUGACUGUUUGAAAUCUGUCGCCAGUGAAGAGAAAGGAAUUCAGCUGGCACAGGAACUCCGUAGUCUUCUUGCUAGAGGAGGUUUUAGGUUGACAAAGUGGGUAAGCAGCAACCCACAAGUUCUUGCGUCCAUCCCCAUCGAAGAGAGAGUGAAGGAUGUCAAGGAGCUCGAUCUGAACUACGAGGCAUUACCGACCGAGAGCGCUCUCGGAAUGCAGUGGGAUGUUGAACUGGACUGUUUUGGCUAUAAAAUCAGUCCCAGCGACAAGCCAUUGACAAGAAGAGGAAUACUUAGUGUCUGCAGUUCUAUCUAUGAUCCACAUGGGUUUGUGAGUCCGUUCACUCUGAGGGCCAAGGUUUUCAUACAGGAUCUAUGCCGAAGAAAGCUGGGCUGGGAUGAGUCACUUCCAUCAGAGCACCUCAACAGUUGGCAACAGUAG